AUGAAACUCGCCCUGGUGGCUCUUGUGGCUGGUCUGGCCCAUGCCACCCCGUUAAUGACAUCUAGAGCCCUUCCCAAUGCCCCUGAUCAGUACGCGCCGGCGAACGUCUCCUGCCCGGCCACGAAGCCCUCGAUUCGAAGUGCAGCACACAUCUCCUCGAAUGAAACAGAAUGGCUCGAGUCACGUCGGAAGGAAAUCAGCUCGCCUUUAAGAGAGUUUCUAGGUCGUCUAGACAUCGCAGGCUUCGAUGCAUCGGGCUACAUGGACCUGGCGUCUAUGAAUUCCACCAACAUCCCAAAUAUCGGCAUCGCGGUGUCAGGAGGCGGUUAUCGCGCGAUGCUCAAUGGAGCUGGAGCCCUAAAAGCUUUCGACAGUCGAACACACAACUCAACCGCCAAGGGCCAACUCGGGGGUCUCCUGCAGAGUGCGACCUACCUUUCUGCUCUCAGUGGAGGAGGCUGGCUGGUUGGGUCUGUCUUUGUGAAUAACUUCACGACAAUCACCGAUCUGCAAGCCAGCGACCGGACGUGGGAUUUGCGCAAUAAUAUCAUCGAAGGCCCGGACGUUAAACACUUCCAGCUGCUAUCCACGGCCGGAUACUGGAGUGACCUGGUGGACACUGUCCACUCGAAGAAGCACGCAGGAUACGACACUUCCAUCACUGACUACUGGGGCCGCGCUCUGUCCUACCAGUUCAUCAACGCGUCCGACGGCGGUCCCAGCUACACCUGGUCUUCAAUCGCGUUGAUGGAUAACUUUCAAAAGGGAAAGACUCCUUUGCCCAUUCUCGUCGCCGACGGCCGAAACCCCGGUGAAAAGGUCGUCGGCGCAAACUCAACCGUAUACGAAUUCAACCCCUGGGAAUUCGGCACCUUCGACCCAGCCAUCUACGGCUUCGCACCGCUAGAAUACCUCGGAUCAGACUUCGAAGACGGCCAGAUCGGCAAUAACGGAACCUGCGUGCGAGGCUUCGACAACGCCGGCUUCGUAAUGGGCACGUCCUCAAGCCUGUUCAACCAGUUCCUCCUGCGCCUGAACGGCACCUCCAUCCCCAAGACCCUCAAGUCCGCCGUAGGCUCCAUCCUCGAAGACAUCGGCGACGCAAACAACGACAUCGCAAACUACCCAAACCCCUUCUACAACUUCCAGGCAAGCACAACCGCCAUCUCCACCCGCCGCAACCUCAGCGUCGUCGACGGCGGCGAAGACGGCCAGAAUAUCCCCCUGCACCCUCUCAUCCAGCCAACGCGGCACGUAGACGUGAUCUUCGCCAUCGACUCUACAGCAAACGUCCACAACUGGCCAAACGGGCAGUCCCUCGUCCGGACGUACGAGCGCAGCCUCAACUCCACGGGCGUCGGCAACGGGACCGUCUUCCCAUCCAUCCCUGACGAGAACACAUUUAUAAACCUCGGGCUGAACAAACGGCCUACAUUCUUCGGAUGCGACACGAAGAAUCUCUCCGCCGCUGCUCCGCUGGUCGUAUACCUCCCCAACGCGCCGUACAGCCAUAUGUCAAACACAUCGACCUUCGACCUCAGCUACAGCGACGACGACCGCGACGCAAUAAUCGAGAAUGGGUAUAACGUGGUGAAUCGUGGCAACAGCACCGAGGACGGGCAGUGGCCGACGUGCGUUGGGUGUGCGAUCUUGAGCCGCAGUGCGGAGCGGACGGGCACGGUAUUGCCCGAGGCCUGUAGACAGUGUUUCCGCAGUUAUUGCUGGAAUGGGACGCUGGAUAGUACGGAGCCCGAGGAUUAUCAGCCUGCUGUGGUGGUUGAGACGAGUAUGGCUGGGAGGGUGGCGCCUUGGGGGGUUGGUGCGCUUGUUGGGUUGGUUUGGGUGGGUUUGAUGUAG